AUGCAAGCUUUUCGAGAGGAGCAAGUGCGACGCUUUAUCGAGGCCUUCAAAGAGCGCGCUCAGACCGCCGGAGAGGAAGAGCACGUGCAAGCCAACGGCAUCCCGUUGACAACCGCGGAAAUGCACCGGCUGACGGAACUGACGCAAGUAAAGGUCACCGAGGAAUCCGACGACAUCUGCCCCACCUGUCAGCAGACGUUUGUGGUGGACGAAAUGAAAAUUGUUCUACCUUGCUCCCAUGUCGGCCACUCGGCAUGCUUGACGACCUGGCUGACGAUGUACUCGCGCAAUUGUCCCGUGUGCCGACAGCCCGUUUCAACGGAAUAUACCUCUGAACCCGAUGCAAGCUAUUAUUUCUAA